AUGGGGGCGAAAGUCAUCUUGAACAGCCGUACCCUCUCUGAUCUUGAGGAGGUCGCGAGUGAGAUCCGUGCGAACGGAGGUGAAGCAGAGUCGGUUGUGUUUGACGUUAGCGAUAUGGCACAGGUUGCGACAGGCGCACAAGCGGCACUCGAUGUUUGGGGUAGAGUAGAUAUCCUCGUCAACAACGCAGGUACGAACCGUCCGAAACCCGCGCUUGAGUUAACCGAGGAGGAUUGGGAUGCGAUCUAUGAUCUCAAUCUUAAAGGUCUGUUCUUCCUAACGCAGGCACUCGUAAAACCGAUGCUAGAGCGGGAAAACGGGAAGAUUAUCAAUAUUUCUUCGACAAUGGGUUUGGUAGGCGGUCCGUUGCGGACUGCCUAUUCAGGGAGUAAAGGUGGCGUUGUACUGCUAACGAAAGGGCUCGCCGUUGAAUGGGCACCUCAUAACGUCACAGUGAACGCUGUAGCACCGGCGUUUACGCGGACCCCGCUCGCGGAUGUUCUUUUACAACGUAAAGAAUUUUAUGAAGACGUUAUCCGCCGUAUCCCAAUGGGACGUGUCGGUGAAGUGGACGAGGUUGUCGGCGCGGUGCUGUUCUUAGCAUCAGAUGCCGCAAACUGGGUGACUGGGCAAACAAUCGCCGUUGAUGGUGGCUGGGUUGCUUGGUAA